AUGGCACGAAUUCCUUAUGCUUCUACAGUAGGAUGUUUAAUGUAUGCCCAAACAUGCAUAAGGCCCGACAUCAGCUUUGUAGUUGGUAUGCUAGGAAGAUACAAAAGCAAUCCAGGAUUGGAUCAUUGGAAAGCUGCAAAGAAAGUGAUGAGGUACUUGCAAGGCACAAAGAAUUACAUGCUCACAUUUAAGAGAUCUGAUAAUCUUGAGGUCAUUGGUUACUCAGAUUCAGAUUUUGCCGGAUGUGUUGAUAGUAGAAAGUCCACUUUUGGUUAUUUGUUCAUGUUAGCUGGAGGAGCAAUAUCAUGGAAAAGUUCAAAGCAAACUGUCACUACUACAUCCACUAUGGAAGCUGAAUUUGUGGCAUGCUUUGAGACCACAGUUCAUGGAUUGUGA